ACUCACCGCUGACACUGUGCCCUGGGCGGACCUCUCGCUCUCUCGCUUGCUCCCUCUCUCCCACGCUGCACCAACAUCGAGGUCCUACUUCAGCCUGUCCGCGGGUUCUCCCUUCGCUGACGCCGCGAAUCGGGCCUCCUGUCCCUGGUUCUCGAGAUGUGCCCCGACAAAGGAGACAAGAAUGGAAGCCCUGGCGAUGACCUGUCACCUGACCUUCCCCCUGAUUCCGGGAGUGCAAAGGGCAAGGCCAGGAAGUUGCCUCAGGUGUUGGCGUGCAUGGCGGCCGCCCUCGGUACCCUGUCGUCCGGCGCCGUCAACGGUUGGUCCGCCGGCACCCUGACUUCUCUCGACGCCGACCCGGAUAUAACGAUGGGAACCGCCGAGACUGCAUGGGUGGUGAGCAUCAUCUCCGUGGGGUCCCUCGCCGGCAGCGUGGUGGCAGGCAGGGUCAUGGACAAGCUAGGUCGCCGAAUCACCCUGGUUGCGAUGGCGCCGGUGCUCCUCCUGGGGUGGCUGACGAUGGCUCUGGCUCCCAACAUCGCCGGGGUGCUGACGGGGAGGGCCAUCUGCGGCGUGGCGACGGCCUUCUUGUUCUCCACGGGGUCGGUAUACUGCAGCGAGAUUCCCGAGGCGCGGAUGCGCGGCCGCCUGGGCUCCGUGCCGUCCCUCUUCAUCACCUUCGGCAUCGUCCUGUCCUACUUGUCGGGCGCCUGCUUCUCGUGGCGCGUCAGCUGCUACGUCUGCUGCGUUCCCGUCGUCCUCAUGUUCGUGGCGAUGCUCUUCGCCCCGGAGACUCCCUACUGGUUGCUGCUGAUGGGGCGGAGGGAGGACGCGGAGAAGGUCCUCCGCCGGCUCAGGGGCCCCGAGUACAACUUCGACGUCGAGAUCGAGGAGAUGGAGAAGAAAAUGACCUCCGUCGGGAAGAAGAUGGAAUACCGUGAGCUGUGGCGGCCGCGCACACGCAGGCCGUUCCUCAUCUCGCUCUUCAUGAUGACUCUGCAGCAAGUGGGCGCAGCGAACGUGCUCAUGAUGUACACGGGGACCAUUUUCGUGUCCGCGGGCGUGGAGAACCAUAGCCUCGCCACCGUGUACACGGGCAUCGUACAGAUCGUCUUCACCGUGCUGUGCGUGCUGCUCGUCGACCGCCUCGGACGCGCCCCUUCAUCGUGCUCUCGACGAGCGUGA